UCGUUUUCCAAAAUAGGUGUUUUACUUGUCACUAAUUGGCCAGGGAGGAGGAAGUAACCGGAUGUAGCAAUGCUAGCUGGAUUAGCUAAAUCUCAAAAGAAAAACAUCUUAGAUUUUGUGUAAAAAGAAAGUCUCUGGUUGAUGUCACACAGUCUAGUUUACAGUGCUCUUGUAAAUAUUGCGUCUUCGUGUUUGUUUUGAGCUGCUGUGAGUAUUUCUUGGCGAACUUUCCCGCACAUAAUAUAAAUAGCCUUCCUUAGCAAAGUGAAUGGCCCGUUAGCCACCAUAGGGCUAAACCAGCUAACAACAGGGACUUAAUCGAUGUUUUAAAAUGUUUAUGGUUUAACGCUGCAACACGAGUCCAAACUACUGGGUUUGUGAGACUGUGCAGGGAGGACCACAUCGUCUGUGGACAGUUCCUCCAACCUUAUGGUCCAGGCAGCAGAAAGACAGAAUUUACUGGUUAUAAGACCAGAACCUUGACCUACCAGAACAUGUGAAGGCUGAAGACAAAAACCACAGGUGGUGCGAGGAUGACUGAGAUGAUGAAGGUUGAAACACAUGAACCUGGAGGGCUCAGCUUGGAGCCCCUCCUGCCUGCAGCAACCGUGUCAGAACUGGAGGAGGAAACACAAGACAGCAAAGAUCUCAUUCAUCAGAUUUUGGUGAUUAAAAAGGUUCCCCAGGACUGGAGCUCCAAUGUGGACAAGCAGGACCCAGAGCGCCCUCUUGUAAAGAAGGAAGAGGAGGAGCUGUGGAUCAGACAGGAGGAAGAGCAGCUUACUGUGAAAACUGAAGAUGAAGAGAAACCUCAGUUGUCAGAGCUUCAUCAGAUCAAAACUGAAGACAAUGGAGAUACAGAAGCUCCAAGCAGCAACUUAGUUAAACAGAUAGAAACAGAACUUGAAGAAGAUGACUGUAGGACUCCAGAACCAAACAGGGGCCCAGUUCCAGUAUGUUUCUCUCAACAAAGUAAGAUUGCUCAGAUUGGAGUCCAAACAGGGCACGAACAUUUCAGUUGCAAUAUUUGUGGCAAAAGUUUCAAAAAUUACACGACUUUCAAAAUGCACAUGAUGAUUCACACUGGAAUCAGGGAACAUAGCUGUGAUUUUUGUGGUAAAGGAUUUGAAGAAAAGCGUGCUCUUCAGACACAUAUGAGACUCCACACUGGAGAGAGACCAUUUGCUUGUGAAGAUUGUGGUAAAACGUUUCAUGCAAAAGCUAUUCUUAAGAUGCACCUAAGAGUCCAUUCAGGAGAAAAACCCUUUUCUUGCUAUGUCUGUGGAACAAGAUUUAAAACAAAAGGAACUCUAACAAGGCACGUGAGGAUCCACACCACAGAGAAACCAUUUGUAUGUCAUGUUUGUAGUAAAGCAUUUUCCCUACAACAUCAUCUAAAGAGGCACAUGAGUGUUCACACAGGAGAGAAGCAAUUUAUUUGCGGUGUUUGCAGUGAGGGAUUUUCACAACAAACUCAAUUAAAGAGACACAUGCGUGUUCAUGCACAGGAGAAGUCAUUUAUUUGUAGUGUUUGUAGUAAACGAUUUUUUAAACAAGAUACUCUGGAGAGACACAUGCGUAUUCACACAGGAGAAGACCCAUUUAUAUGUCAUGUUUGCAGUAAGGGAUUUUCAAAACAAGAGACUCUGAGUGGACACAUGCGUGUUCACACGGGAGAGAAAAUGUUUAUUUGUAGUGUGUGUGAUAAAGGAUUUACACGACAACAGAGUCUGAAAAACCACAUGGAGGUUCACACUGCACUGUUUAGCUGUGGCGACUGUAGCAAACGUUUUGUGAAGGAAACACAGUUAAUGCGGCAUGUCAAACUCCACACAGCGGAGAGGCCAUUUAGUUGUGAAGUCUGUAGGAGCAGAUUUAAUAAAAGGCUCCAUCUUGAAAAUCACAUGCGAGUCCAUUCGGGAGAGAAGCCGUUUGUUUGUAGUGUUUGCAGUAAAGCGUUUUCACGACAUGGAAAUUUGACGAGACACAUGGCCGUUCAUGAAGGCUGCAACGCUUGAUAUUGUCAGUUGGUUUGUCAAAUUUUUUUCAAUUAUAAGGAUUUUGUUUGUGAUUUUCUGUGGAGCUCCAUUAGUUUUUCAUUCUGGAUAAAGAAUGAACACCAGAAUAAUAAUGCCUCCAUUAUUAUUUUGUCCACAUUUACAGUUUUAAGCUCAAGAAUUACUUAACUUAAAAAUGAUAAUGCCUUCAUUUUUAUGACAUAAUAAUGAAGACAUUAUUAUUAUUAUUAUUAUUAUUAUUAUUAUUAUUAUUAUAUCAUUUUAAACUUAAAAAAAGA